AUGUCCGUUAAUUUGACGUUAGAUAUAUAUAUUUACCUCCUCAGUAAUGCAAGAAGUCUUUGUGGAAAGCAGAGAAGCAAGCAACUACAUUUCUUAUGUUCACCUAAAUACUAUUGGAGGUACGUCAGUCUACAAAGAGGUUUUCAGACGAGCAAAGUAAGAUGUAAAUGGACCAAAAGUGAAGCACAUUCUUGCAGUAAGUGCUACCCCUGCCUAAGCAACCAUGGUUUACGUAUUGGAAUUUUGAAACUUAGCACUUCUGCUCCCAAGGGACUUACAAAAGUGAGCAUUCAUAUGUCCCGUAUUAAAACCACUCUGCACUCUGUUUCAAAGGCUGUUUUUGGAAGUCAGAAUGAAAUGAUUUCACGUUUAGCUCAAUUUAAGCCAAGUUUUGGAAUACUGAGGAAAGUACCAGAUAAUGACUUGUUGAAACAGAAAAACAUUGAAGAAGCCAUCAAAACACUGCAAAAGCCGAGUGACCUACUAGCGUCAGAGAGUUCUUUUCCAGAAGAAAAAACUCAGGUUAUACUUAAAGAUGAAGAUAUAAGUAAACAAAGCCUUCUUCAAUACCCAGGCAGCAUAUCCACAAAAUUUGAAGAGAGUGUCUCCUUUUUAUCAAACCAUAUUAAUUCAUAUUUUCUACGGAAGGAAAAAAUGGCUUCGAAAAAAGAAAGUAAAAAUCUCCAGGAUAAAACCGAGCCUGAAGGUAAAACAUUUAAAGGUGAUGAGCCUGUCCUUUCUCCAGAUCCUGGCAUCAUGACUGAUGACAAACCACACUCAGAAUCUUCCACAGAUACCGCAAGUUCUGGGGAGACUCCUGGAGACACCCCCGUUUCUACUAAGCAAAGUAUUACUAGCUUUCUCUCUCGUCCAACUGGAGGUGUCCAAGCUUUAGUAGGUGGUUACAUUGGUGUCUUGGUCCCCAAGUUAAAGCCUGAGACAAAAACUGUGUCAGAAGAAAAAGAGGCUGUUAAAGCUGAACCCCCUGACAAAAAAGACAAAGCAGCCGAAGAGAAAAAGCAUUUAUCUCUUCAGAGAGAAAAGAUUAUUGCAAGAGUGAGUAUUGAUAACAGAACCCGCGCCCUAGUUCAGGCAUUGAGAAGAACAACUGAUCCAAAACUCUGCAUCAGUAGGGUCGAAGAACUGACCUUCCACCUCCUAGAAUAUCCUGAAGGAAAAGGAGUGGCUGUCAAGGAAAAACUUAUUCCAUGUUUGUUACGAAUUCGACAAACUAAAGAUGAAACUCUUCAGGCUGCAGUGAGAGAAAUCUUGGCCUUAAUGGGCUACGUGGAUCCAGUGAAGGGGAGAGGAAUUAGAAUUCUCACAAUUGAUGGUGGAGGAACCAGAGGCGUGGUUACUAUUCAGACACUGCGAAAACUAGUUGAACUUACCCAGAAGCCAGUUCAUCAGCUCUUUGAUUACAUUUGUGGUGUCAGUACAGGUACUGUGUUAGCUUUCAUGUUGGGGUUGUUUCAUAUGCCCCUGGAUGAAUGUGAGGAACUUUAUCGAAAAUUAGGAUCCGAUGUGUUUUCACAAAAUGUCAUUGUUGGGACAGUCAAAAUGAGUUGGAGCCAUGCAUUUUAUGACAGUCAAACAUGGGAAAAGAUUCUCAAGGAUAGAAUGGGAUCUUCUCUAAUGAUUGAAACAGCAAGAAAUCCCACAUGUCCCAAGGUAGCUGCAGUGAGUACCUUAGUGAACAAAGGAGUAACACCGAAAGCGUUUGUGUUCCGGAACUAUGGUCAUUCUCCAGGGGUCAACUCGCACUAUCUGGGGGGCUGUCAGUAUAAGCUGUGGCAGGCCAUUAGAGCGUCGUCCGCCGCCCCUGGCUACUUUGCAGAGUAUGCGCUGGGAAACGAUCUUCAUCACGAUGGAGGUCUGCUUAUGAAUAACCCUUCAGCAUUAGCAAUGCAUGAGUGUAAAUGCCUUUGGCCUGAUGUCCCAUUAGAAUGCAUAGUAUCCCUGGGCACUGGACGGUAUGAGAGUGACGUGAAGAACACCGUGAUGCACACAAGCUUGAAGGCCAAACUGUCUCAUGUUAUCAACAGUGCGACAGAUACAGAAGAAGUGCAUAUAAUGCUUGAUGGUCUGUUGCCGCCCGACACCUACUUUAGGUUCAAUCCUGUAAUGUGUGAAAACAUACCUCUAGAUGAGAGUCGAAAUGAAAAGUUGGAUCAACUGCAGUUGGAAGGGUUGAGGUACAUAGAAAGAAAUGAAGAAAAAAUGAAAAAAGUUGCAAAAAUUUUAAGUCAAGAGAAAACAACUCUGCAGAAAAUUAACGACUGGAUAAAACUGAAAUCUGACAUGUAUGAAGGCCUCCCAUUUUUUUCCAAAUUGUGA